GCAUCCUCCCAUCAGCUGUUUUUGUUUUGCAGUGAGAAUAUUGAAAGUUAUUAACACAAUAAUAACACCGCGCUGACCGGAGGAGGCGGCUCGGUGAGGAGGGGGGUUCUCGGGUGUUUUGUUCGGGUCAGUCCGCUCGGUGUGUGUGUGUGAUGUGUGUGUGUGUGUGAUGUGUACCACCUGAACCUCAGCCCCGGACAUUCCUCUCCCCGGAGAAGAGUGUGAGCGUGGCGCUUGGAGUCGGGGCACCAGAGGAAGGGGGGGAAGCGGGGAUCGACCCGAGCCCAAAGGCCUCCGACCUCGGCCGACGAGACGGGGAGCGAGCUCGGCGGCUCGGAUGGAGUCCCAGGACGCGCCGGAGGGCCCCGCGGCGGACAGAGGCUUCAUCUGCGCCUCGUUCAACCAGGACACCACUUCUCUGUCUGUGGGCAUCAAGACGGGCUACCAGCUCUUCUCAGUCACUGCUGUGGACAAACUAGAUUGCAUCCAUCAGGGAGUCGAAUGUCCGGACGUGUAUAUAGUGGAGCGGCUGUUUUCCAGCAGUCUGGUGGUGGUGGUCAGCCUCUCCAUGCCACGGCGAAUGAACGUCUACCACUUCAAGAAGGGUACAGAGAUAUGCAACUACAGUUACUCCAACAACAUCCUGUCCGUCAGGCUCAACAGACAGCGGCUGGUGGUGUGUUUGGAGGAGUCCAUCUACAUCCACAAUAUCAAAGACAUGAAACUACUCAAGACCCUGCUCAACACACCCACCAACCCCUCAGGUCUCUGCGCUCUUUCCGUCAACCACAGUAACUCCUACCUGGCGUACCCUGGCAGUGCCACCAUCGGGGAGAUCACAAUCUAUGAUGCCAACAACCUGAGCACUGUGACACUGAUUCAGGCCCACGACAGUCCAUUGGCAGCCCUCACCUUCAACCCCUCUGGCACCAAACUGGCCAGCGCCUCAGAGAAGGGUACUGUUAUUAGAGUCUUCGGCAUUCCUGAAGGUCAGAGACUGUUUGAAUUCCGGCGAGGGAUGAAGAGGUACGUCAGUAUUAGUUCCUUGUCCUUCAGUGCUGAUGCCCAGUUCCUGUGCGCCUCCAGCAACACUGAGACGGUCCACAUCUUUAAACUGGAGCAGCACAGCCCAAGUCAGGAUGAGGAGUCUCCUACAUGGUCAGCGUAUGUGGGUAAAAUGUUCACAGCAGCCAGCACCUAUUUGCCCACUCAGGUGUCCGACAUGAUGCAUCAGGACAGAGCCUUUGCGACUGUACGACUCAACAUGUUCGGCCUGAAGAACAUCUGCGCCCUGGCCACGAUUCAGAAGCUCCCUCGCCUAGUGGUGGCGUCCUCGGACGGAUAUCUCUACAUCUAUAAUGUGGAUCCACAGGAUGGAGGCGAGUGUGUCCUUGUCCAAAGACACAGGCUGUUUGACUCCUGCGAGGAGCAGGUGGAACAGAGCGAAGAGGAGAAAACAGAGGAUGUCCCUCCCCAACCAACCAGCCAAUCAUACGCUGCCACUGUGGCACUCCCUUCAACCCCACCCUCUGCCACCACUCUCAUGGGUUACUCUGAGGAAGGCGGAGCCCAGAAAGGCGAGGUCAUCCCGGAGCAUGAAUUCGCCGAGAGCCCCGUCUGUCUGGAUGAUGAGAACGAGUUUCCCCCAGUUGGCAACCAGAGUAACUGACCAAAACCCCCCACCAUGAACCCUCCCAUCCCUGCGAACAGUCCGACUCAACUUGCUUUGGAGCAUGGAUGCAGGCUGGAAAACUUCAAACAUAUUCCUGACGUGUUGAGACGUUGUGGCACCCCCCCACCCACUCCCGUACAUGUACCUCUGCUGGCCUUGGGUCAAAACGUGCCAGAGUGAUGUGUUUCGGUUUAAUCUUCAUCCCUCUCACGUUUUGUAAGGAAUAUUUUAAAAAAAGAGUCAGUACAGAUUUAACAGACUGAAACAGAUUUAAAGACUGUCCCACUGUUAGCUCUCAUAUUCCGCCAUAAAAAAACAGUUUUUAAAACUUGUCUUUAAAUAAGGACCUGACAUCGUGGGGACAUUAUAUUAUCAUGGUAGCAACCAGUAUGUGAUUGGUCCAGCACAAUAUAACACCCGGGCCACACUGGAUGCAUGAGCAGUGCGUGUGCAUUGCGGAACAUCACGCCUAUUUUCUCCUCAUGCUGUGCGCGGUUCACAGUAAAAUAGAUGGUGAAACAGUCUUUCUCCAAUGUCAUUUGUUUUAACAAGGAUUCUAUUGUAAUUGGGACUGGAGGAUGCACAGCUUCAUAUCGUAAUGUCCUGACAUUAAGUUGAAUACAUAGCUCUACUUUUAUUCCAGGAAAUAUAGUCGUCAUACCAGAAAUACCUGUGUGCGGCAGACAUGCUCCCUGUGUGACCAACAGACGUGUGUCACACACUACACAUGCACCCAGUGUGGCCCAGGCAUUCGUGAGCAGACUGAAUAUACCAAGGUAUUAGUAGAGUUUUGACCAGCAGCUGUUGUGGAGGAUCGAUGCCCCAAAUUCUCAAAACCUUUAUCUAUGAAAGAUACUAAAGUCGCUUUAGAAGCUUCGUACAAGCCAAGUGCUAUUGACGAUAAUCUGCAAAAAGCAGUGUAAUCUUUUGUUAGUAUUUUCUUUCCAUCACAUACAAAUCUUUAACAUCUGAAUAUCUGUCAUCAGGGAAUUUUUAUCAAUCAGGCUGCAUGACAUUUGGAGCUUUUUGAAGGGCAUUAGAGUGAAAUAAAGAUGCUGUAAGCGUGACACACUAUUUAAACCCUCAUACAUGCAGUAAGUAUGACUUGCAGAUGCUAAUUAAGGUAGCGACAGACUUAUAUCGCGAAGUCACAAACAUAACCUGAUGAUACGUGUGUAGGAGUCGUCUCUGUGGCCGAUCCCAAAUGUGAAAAUCUUGACGACGAGCUGCCCGUGA